AUGGCUGCUGAGAGCCCUCUCGAAAGUCUCCAGGAUGAAGCCACCUGCUCCGUCUGCCUGGAGUUCUUCAAGGAUCUGCAGAUGCUUAUGGACUGUGGGCACAAUGUCUGCGGGGCCUGCAUCACCCAGUGCUGGGAAGGGCUGGUGACAGAUGUCUGCUGCCCUCAGUGCAGACAGAGCUUUCCUCAAAGGAACCUGAGCCUAAAAAGGCAGUUGGAGAAUGGUGUAGAAAUAGCUAAGCAUGCUCCUGAGGGCACCGAGGAGCAAACAGGGUCUGGGGAGCCCCAGGAGGCUCUAAAACGGCUGUGCACAGAGGAUGGAAGCCCCAUCUGUUUGGUGUGUGAUGGAUCCCUAGCACACCCAGCUCCACCCAUAGUUCCCAUAGAGGAGGCUGCGCAGGAGUACAAGGAAAAUCUUCAGGCCUGUUUGAAGACUCUGAGGGAAGAGCGAGACAAGUUGCUGCAAGUGAAAUUGAGCGGAGAGGGGAGAACCCAGGAAUAUCUGAAACGGGCACGAGUUGAGAGGCAGAAGAUUGUGUUUGAAUUUCAGCAACUACGCCAAUUCCUAGAGGAACAAGAGCGCCUCCUGCUGGCCCAGCUGGGAAAGUUGGAGAAGGACAUGGAAAAGGUGCAGGGAGAAAAGGUCACCAAAAUCUCUGAAGAGAUUUCCUGCCUCAGUGAACUGAUCAUUGAAAUGGAAGGAAAGUGCCAGCAGUCAUCAAGUGACCUCCUGCAGGAGAUCAGAAACACCCUGAGCAGGUGUGAGAAGGGGAAGUUCCAGCACCCAGGGGAGCUGUCUCCUGAGCUUGGAAGGAGACUCUGGGAUUUCUCCCAGAAAACCCUCAUCCUCCAGGAGAUCCUGAGAAAGUUCAAAGACACUCUGAUAUCUGACCUGGAGAAGAAAAGGGGAGAUAUGCAGGAAACGUACACCAAGGUGAAGGUGACUCUGAAUCCAGACACGGCAAACCCCUGGCUCCUCCUUUCUGCUGAUUGGAAAAGUGUAAGAUUGGCAGACGCACAGCAGGACCUGCCCAACAAUCCUCAGAGAUUUGACUUGUUUGAGUGUGUGCUGGGCUGUGAGGGAUUCACCUUGGGGAGAUACUUCUGGGAGGUGGAGGUGGGGCAGGGGGAAGCCUGGGCUGUGGGCGUAGCCAGAGAGUCAGUGAGGAGGAAGGGACUGAUCAACUUUAAUCCCGAGGGAGGGAUCUGGGCCGUGCAGCUCUGGCUGGGUCAGUUCCGGGCUCUCACUGCCCCUGAUCGCACCCCACUUCCCCUGGGCCAGGUGCCCAGCAGGGUGCGGGUGUGUCUGGACUGUGCAGGAGGGCGGGUGUCAUUUCUUGAUGCUGAUACUGAGGCCCCAAUCUUCACUUUCCCGCCAGCCUCAUUUGCUGAGGAGAGAAUUCAUCCCUGGCUCUGGGUAGGGCCAGGAGUAUUUCUGGGGACUUCUGAACUCAAACUAUGCCACUGAGAUGGGUGUGGAACAUACCAAAGGAAAUGGAUUUCUCUGGCCUCAAUUUUACUGGUCCCUAUAACCCUCUCCUCAAGACUUCCCUCUACUCAGCCGUCCCUCCCACCCUGCAUCCCAGGAGGUCUCAGAAUAAGCCCAUGAUGUGUUAGUACAGGCAAAUGAAAGCCACUGCGGUGGGUGUCUCAAGGCCCAAUGGCUCUGGAGGACACCAGCAGGGCUGCCAGGGUUGUCAACUUCCUAUAAAUGUAUGGAUGCUAUAAAGAAAACAACAACCCUGUUGCACCAUGUUGUGGGUGGCCACGCAGGGUUCAAAGGGCCAACCAGGGUUGGGAGGAGCGAGUAGAACCCAGGUAUGGACUGGGCCAGGAGGCCAGGAGCAGGGAGUCAGAGGGCCAGGCAUGUAGAGUAGGUAAGAGAACCAGCAGAGAACAGGGACCAGGCAUAAGUUACAUUAAGAAGGCAAAGGAUCAGGCAGAGCACAGAGGCAGAAGGUGAGCCAGGUCAUGUGUCUGGGUCAGGUAGCCAAGAGAUCAAGCGGAGAGCCGGCAGAUGCACAGGCUGUAAGGACCAGCAGGGCAAUCUGGGUAGGGGUUGAGUCCUAUUGCCCAGAUACUCCUGGCUCUGGACCAGGGGUUUAUGUGGGAGGGAAUGAAGUGUCAACUGAUCCUGGCUGGCCACUCUGGUGGCAUGGAGUGUGCAGGUGGCUAGACCUAGGUGCAGGUCUCUGGACAGCUUUGCUUAGCCUAGAGGGUCAGUUGGAGAGGUGGCAGACCAGAAAGAGUGCCUGAUCUGGGCAAGUGGAGGCUCUGGGUUUGAGGCUAUGGCUGAAUACAACCCUAAAAAUGCCUGUCUGUAAAAGUCUGGAAAGAUGUUAUGCCCUGUGUAAAAAGCAAAGGAGCCACUGCUGCUCUGGAGGGCUCCAUCAGGGCUGGCUGUGCAGUGUCCCCUGUGGGAAGCCCCAGCUUUGGAGCCAGGAGGUAUGCAUGCAAAGUGCCUUUUAGCUUCCUUUGCCAGGGAGGUGCCCAUGUGUGUGGGAGCUGGAUCUUUCCUGGGGGAAGCUGCCUGCCUGUUUGUGUUUGGGUUGGGUUUAAUGUGCAGACAAAGGCCCCUGCCCUGGAGGUUUCCCAGAUCUAGAAGACUCCCAGGUCCCAUAUAGGGGUAGAGAUCUCCCUCCCUGAGGCUUCUCUGACAAUGCCAGCCCUUUUUCACCAUCUUGCACUGGGCCCCUCAUCUCUGUAUAGUCAUUGAAAUCUAAAUAAACAUCUGAAACUUUCA